AAUAAUAAUAAUAAUAAUAAUAAUAAUAAUUUUGUUGUAUCUGAUAAAUGAUGCAUGGCUUAAGCUGCAAUGAAAAAUUUCCAUCUGAAUGAAUCAUAACAGAUGAGACUGUCAGAAAGAUAUUUGUUAUUUGAUAUUUAUAAGUUGUGUCCAUUUGGAGGAAAUAAAAGGAAGUUUGUUAAAUAACGUCAUUACUGACAAAGGUGAUUCAGAGAGCUAACUAAGCAAAGAUAGAAAGUUAUAAACUCUGACAUGGUACUUUAGGAAAAUAGAACAUUUAAGGGGAAAUUUUUAUCAUAUAGAAUUGUAUAAAUCUAGAAAUUGUAUAAUAUUUUCUUUCUUGUUUCAUAAUCCACUGAGAAACUAUUCUGGAGAGAGCCUGAGGUUUCCUAUAUAAUCACACCAUACAGCUAUAUGACAUUUACAGUAUGUCACUGAGCAAUAUUAUAAUUAUAGCCCAUGAUGGGACUGCUCAGUGGUUAGCAGUGGUCAAGUGAGUGUAAACUAAAACAUGUAGGCAUGCAGAUACUUCCACAAACGAGGAGCUGGAGGUUGAAUUUAUCAGCAAGAGAUUUUAGAAUCACAUCUGGGCCCAAUAAUUUAAAUACUGGCCCCAUUAGCUAUAUUAUGAAUUUGAUGAGCUUGCUUUUAAGAGUCUUUGAGCUACUACUAAAAUUACUGGUCAUAUGAUUGGGCAAUGCUGUAAAUUAAAAGUACAAUCAGAAAUCUGCCCAUUUCAGCACCAUGGUCAGCUCACUGUGCAGCCGAGAGGAUCCUCCAAAAUCCAGCUUUUAACUGCAUUUGUAAGACAGAUUUCAUGAACAUUAAACAAAUAAACAAUACUGGGAAAUUCCUAACUUUUUGCACAAGAAUACCUUUUGAUAUUUUACAAACAAAUAUAUUUGUGCUGAUAUUUAAUUCGUCAGCUUUAAUUAAAUUAAGGCUAACAUUUAGAGAAAACCACAAAGUGAAACUAGCUUUUGAAAGGCUGACUGAAAAUAAUACAUAUUCUAAUUUGUUGAUUUGUUCUUGGCAAGUUUGGCUCUGAAGCCAACAUAGAUAUCCUUGGAAAUCGUAUUUUAUUCUAUUUUACGCUAAUCCAAACCACAAAACUUAUUUACUCAAGCUUCAGAAAUAUGUCAGUAAAACGCUCUGUACCUGUUUCAACUCAACUGAUGUUCUCUAAAUCACGUAUAUUCUUCACAUUGUUAAGCUAAUUCUGUCAGUUAACAAAAUAAAAGCUGCGUCAGAUGCAAAGGGUUUUUAUUUUGAACGGCUCGUUGUGGAGUUCCGGAUGCAGUCUGCUAGCUGCUAGCUUUCCUUCUAGUCACGGGAAUAUUCUGGGGACUGCCAUGUUGCCAGUCGUGGUGGUCCAUGGGGGGGCGGGUCACAUACCCAAAGAGCGCUCAGACCUGUCCAUCUCAGGAGUGUGCUCUGCAGCGAGGUCAGCGUAUGCACUCCUGCAGGGAGGAGGCAGCAGUAUGGAUGCUGUGGUGGAGGCAGUUCUGCUACUGGAGAAUAAUCCAUCUUUCAAUGCAGGAUGUGGCUCAGUGCUGAAUAUGAAGGGGGAGGUGGAGAUGGAUGCCCUCGUGAUGGACGGGAAAACGCUGAGCAGCGGCGCCGUGUCUGCCGUCCGCAACAUAGCUAACCCAAUCCAGCUGGCCAGACUUGUCAUGGUCAAGACCAGCCAUGCCUGUCUGACGGCGGAGGGUGCCAAUCAGUUUGCUCGCUCUGUGGGCGUUCCCGAGGUUCCUCAGGAGUCCCUCAUCACAGAGUAUUCCCGCAUGCGCUGGAAGAAAAACCUGGCCCCGGAUGCCAACCCUGUGGAGUGCCAAAUGGGGAAGAUGGGGACGGUUGGAGCGGUGGCAGUCGACACCGACGGCAACGUAGCGUGUGCGACUUCCACCGGAGGACUGCUGAACAAGAUGGAAGGCCGAGUGGGCGACACCCCCUGCAUUGGCAGUGGCGGCUAUGCUGACAAUAUGUCAGGAGCCGUGUCGACUACGGGCCACGGAGAGGCCAUCAUGAAGGUCACGCUGGCGAGACACAUCCUGUUCCACAUGGAGCAAGGCCAGUCAGCUGAGGCUGCCAGUGAUCUGGGUCUGGCCCACAUGAAGUCCAGAGUCGGGGGACUUGGAGGGGUCGUGACCGUGGAUCCGCAGGGCAAUUGGGCCGCUCGCUUCUCCAGCCGCCAAAUGGCGUGGGCCGCGGCGCAGAAAGACACGCUGCACUACGGUCUGUACACGGGAGAACACUUCACCCAAAUCAUCGAGGAUGCUCACUGACACCAGGCCCAGUCUGUGUCAGUGGAGCUAUAAACAAAAUAAUACAGCUGGAGGUGGGCUUCAGGUGACCAAAUAAUGAUUGAUUUGGUUUAAUGUUGAUGUUUAAAAUCAAAUAGAAGACAAAAAGAGGAACAAAAUUAAUUAGUUUUGUCAUUAAAAUAAACAAUCAACUGUGCACAUAUCUGAGCCGAUCCAAAGAAAAGUGAGAAAUUUCCAGAAACGCUAAUGACACUCUGUGAUUCUUUGUAAUAAUCAUUUAAAAUGUCAUUGCAGAGUUUCUGUCGCUAGAGAAACUAGAGCAAAAUAAUCAAAUUCACAAUAGAUGUAUAACUCGCUGAGCGGGCUGUGGUGGCGUAGGGGAUAGCGCGACCCACGUUUGGAGGCCUUGAGUCCUCGUCGCGGUUUCGAUUCCCGGACCCGGCGACAUUUGCCGCAUGUCUUCUCCCCUCUCUCUCCCUUUCCUGUCAGCCUACUGUCAUAUAAGAGACACUAGAGCCCACAAAAAGACCCCCUGGUGGGAAAAAAAAAAAAAGAUGUAUAACUCGCUGCUCAGUUUUUAAGCUUCUGAGGAAGCCCUUCAGGUUAAACAGUAUUUAAUUUUGACCACUGAAUCAAUGAUCUGCACAAAGUGUUUUUUUUCUCUUCACAUCAGUACUGGUGAAGUGCUGCUCAUCAUUUGCUGAAUGUUGGUGAAGAAAAACCAAACCAAAAAGGUAUUUACUGCAACGUGAGUGAUAUUUUUAUCUUAAUUUAGAUGAUUAUAGUUUACUACAACUGAGUUUCUCAGAUUGAAGCAUUAAAAAGAGCCAAUAAAACCAUUUUUGUCAGAUUGUUGGUGGUACAUCUCACCAACAGACUCAUUUUACUACUUGGGCUUUUAAUUUACUGCAAGCCACAAUAAUCCAAAUUAUUGGACAUAUAAACCUGAAAUAUAUUGCACUGUCUGUAAUUAAUCUUUAUUAUUUGUAAAUUUCACUUUUUGAACUUAAUCACUCAAAUAAAUUAGUUUUCUGUGAUAUUCUGAUUUAUUGAGAAACUCUUAUAAGCCAGCAUGUGUUAAUCUGUUAUGAACGCCAUUUAUGUAUUUUGAUGAGUAGUGCUAACAUGUCCGAUCCACUAGGGGGUGCUGUUUCCUCAUGCUGACAAAAUGAAAAACUUGAGAUUUACGUUGUGUAAUUGUAAUUUUUUUAGAUGUUUUAUAGGGUACUUUAUAAUAUUUACUUUAAUUGUGCAAUACAACUCUUAAUUUAUUUUGUGUCAUUUAUUUCAAAUUGUUAUAAUCUGUUUGAUUUGAUAAAGAAUGUCCCGUUCAUAUAUCGAUUUAUUCCUUUGUGCAAUUGCGUUGUACAAUAAAAACAAUGGAGCCCAUGACUCAAAUCACACUUUUUUGUCUUAUUGGUAGUUUUCACGUGGUUGUUGUGAACAUUUCUUUGCAAAAAAACAACUUAAUGGAACACAAAAUCCAUUAUAGCAGCUUAUAUGAUGCAUAUGUAUUAAAGCUUUGUUUGCGCUGCCAACAUAUUAUUAGCACAGGUGAAGCUGUGAAAACGUUCCUCAGAAAUCACUCUUUUAAUAUCCAUCCAUCCAUCCAUUUUCUACACACCCUUUGUCCCUAAUGGGGUCGGGAGG